UGCAUAUUGCGCAUGAAAAGACAGACGCAGUUGUGUGGAACCAGUGCACGUCGACGCUUUGAAUAGAAAGAACUCGCCAAGCCAGACUCUGUCUCCUCCUGGAAGUGCCGGCCGGUGCAGACAUAUUUCGUUUCCUGCUGCCAAAUAUCCGGGACACGAUGAGCACCCAGAAGAAUGAAGUUGCAAGAACAGCGGAGGAGGAUUGUUGCAGGGACGCGGACAGGAUCAAACAAAAGCGAAACGCGAUCAGACGCUCUGCUAGGAGAAUAAUUGAUCAUAUCGACUCAGAAAUGGAAAAAAAUGAACCAGAUGUUGCCAUCAUGAGCACUUUGCGGGAGAUGUUGUCCACCAAGGAGCAAAGCUUGAUCAAACUGGACCGUGAAAUAGAACUACUAAGUUCACUGCACGACUUGGAGUUGGAGCUCGACACAUCAGAGCAAUUUAAGGAGUGGAUCAUUUUGACCAAAAGCCGGGCGCAGAUCAUGAUGAGAAAAAAGGAGCAGUCGGGCCAAAGGACAAAAGUCACACCACUUGUGGACCAGAUGAAGACACUGGAAGAACGUCUGGACAAGAUGAAGACUCUGGAAGAACGUCUGGACCAGAUGAAGACUCUGGAAGAACAUCUGGACCAUAUGAAGUCUCUGGAAGACCGCUUGGACCAGAUGAAGACUCUGGAAGAAUGUUUGGACCAGAUAAAGACUCUGGAAGAACGUCUGGACCAGACGAAGACUCUGAAAGAACGUCUAGAACAGAUGAACACUCUGGAAGAACGUCUUGACCAGAUGAAGACUCUGGAAGAACGUCUGGACCAGAUGAAGACUCUGGAAGAAUGUCUGGACAAGAUGAAAACUCUGGAAGAAUGUCUGGACAAGAUAAAGACUCUGGAAGAAAAUGUGGACAAUAUAAAGACUCUGGAAGAAAAAAGUUUGGAUCAGAUAAACACUAUGGAAGAACGUCUGGACAAGAUGAAGACUCUGGAAGAAUGUCUGGGCAAGAUCAAGACUCUGGAAAAACGUAUGGACAAGAUGAAGACUCAGGAAAAACCUCUGGCUAAGAUGAAGAUUCUGGAAGAACGUCUGGACAAGAUGAAAGCUGCAAACAAAAAGGAAAUUGAGAAAAUCACACCUCUUGCGGACAAGAUGAAGACUCUGGAAGAAAGUGUGGACCAAAUGAAACAUCAGAUGGCAGAAGUUGCAAACAACAAAAAUAAAAUUACGAGACUUGGACUAAUUGUGGACAUGCUGGACAAGAAGGCAGCAGAAGAAGCCAAGACUGCCGUGGCCUUCUCAGCGACGCUGGAUGAUGAAGAAGAUGAAAUCUUUGUGUCCAGUAAUGAUAAUCAAGUACUGGUCUACAAGUGCGUGAUGAUCAACGUAGGUGACGGCUAUGACAACAGCACAGGUGUUUUCACAGCCCCCAUCAAGGGUCUCUACUUCAUCACCCUCACCUGCAGUGUACCAUCAGGAAAAAAUGUUGCAUCUGUGAUGAAGAACAACCAAGACGAGAUGAUCAGAGUAUAUGAAGACAACAAGGGUGAAUGGGGCAUGACGACCAAUAGCAUGGUUUUGGAACUGAAGGUGGGAGACGACCUCCGGGUUACGUUGCAGUCUGGUUGCAAAAUCUACACCAGCAUUUAUGAAAGCACUUUCAGCAUCUUCCUCAUCACACACACUUAAACUACAUGUUGGUGUUUGAAGCUGUCAGUGUGUGUCCCAGGACCAACUAGACUGGUCCUGUAGGACAGCUGGUGAGUUGCUUUUCUGCUGGGAACUCACAUACUCUUCCUUUAGUGAUUAUUACAUGUAUGUGUAUGACAAUGAUAGUGUGGUGUUUCAGGGGAAUCUUUCUCACUGGCUCUGAUCGAGGGCAGACACUCCCCUUCCCUCUCCCUUAUCUCUCCUGCUUGUUUUGUCUUAACUUUCUUGUUGCCUCUUUUUGCACUGCUCUCCAAAUCUAAACAUUGGGACUCAUUAACUGGCCUCUCAACAAAAUUGACAAGAUCUUGGUUUUGGGGGAACCUGUCUGUCUUGACGGAGCAGUUGUUGCUGGACACAACAGAAUAUUGGGAGAAGGAGUGCAUGGCGACCCUUUGAGUGGAGGACAUGAAGAUGUCCACCUAUUGGGAAUUAUGACAACAGGACAUCUGCUGAUUGGAGUAAGUGUAGCUCUGGUUUGUCAACUAAUUGGAAGUUGCUGGCGGCCUUCAAAGGUAUUUUUUUGUUGUCUUUGCACAAGCACAACAAAACUUUGUUUUCAGCUCAAACCCGUUCAAGAUGAGACAAACAAACAGUGUACAGGGUUACAGAAUAGGAACGCUGAUGGAAGAAAGGUUGGCGGUGGGUACGGAGGCAGGCUGCUGCUAUCUAAGUGCUGCCCAGCCGUCCAUCACCCCUAAGGGAUUAAAGCAUCAAGGGCGUGGGGUAUGCGUGUGUGACCUUGGUGUCCUUGCAACCGCCAGUCAGUCCAAAGUCAACAACAACAGGUGUGUGUCAACGAGAGACAAGAAGGGAGUUUGUUGUGUCUUUGCCGCACCGUCCUUGGGGAGAGUCUCGAAGCCAGGGAAACAAUCCAAGUUGGAAUGUUUUGUAUGCCAGUGAAAAUAAAAUUAGCUUUUCACUCUCAAUUGUCUUUUACUGGUCCUCAAAUUCAUCCUGGAGGGCAGGCAGUCCGAUGUUAUCCAAAUCACAAGUGUCCACAGUUCUGCCCGCACCCUCCAAUCAUUUGUAGGGUACUUUGAAGACUGCUUACAACCUUCAAUUUGUUGACAAACCAGAGCUACGCUUAAUCCAAACAGCAGAUGUCCUGGUGUCAAUAAUUCCAAAUAAGUGGAUAUCUUCACGUCCUCCACUGAAAGGGUCGCCAGGCACUCCUUUCAGCCUUUUGGACUGAAUAUCUUUUAACUCACCCCCCGCCCCCAAAUAUUUUCAAGGGGCGCCGUAAGUGGCUGACCCGUCAGCGGUCCUGUUCUGUCUCCCUGUAAUGUUUGACAUCAACAAACAUUAACAAAACGUAAUUUUGAUUCAUUGUAUGUCUUGUACAUGUGAAGGAUUGACAAUAAACUUGACUGACUGCUGGUAACAACAAUAAAAAUGGGAGGACAUAGUCUACAAGAUGGACACUCUUCUGGACAAUCUUCUAUAUUUCCUCUUUGACUAUAUUUGAUUGAUACUACUACUAUAAUCUGUUAUGCCGAUGACACCCAACUCUACAUGCUCCUAAAGCUGACCAACACGCCGGAUUGUAGUCAGCUGGAGGCGUGUUUUAAUGAAAUUAAACAAUGGAUGUCCGCUAACUUUUGCAACUCAACGCCCAAAAAACGGAAAUGCUGAUUAUCGGUCCUGCUAGACACCGAACUCUAUUUAAUAAUACAACUCUAACAUUUGACAACCAAAUAAUUAAACAAGGCGACACGGUGAAGAAUCUGGGUAUUAUCUUCGACCCAACUCUCUCCUUUGAGGCACACAUUAAAAGCGUUACUAAAACGGCCUUCUUUCAUCUCCGUAAUAUCGCUAAAAUUCGCUCCAUUCUGUCCACUAAAGACGCUGAGAUCAUUAUCCAUGCGUUUGUUACGUCUCGCCUCGACUACUGUAACGUAUUAUUUUCGGGUCUCCCCAUGUCUAGCAUUAAAAGAUUACAGUUGGUACAAAAUGCGGCUGCUAGACUUUUGACAAGAACAAGAAAGUUUGAUCACAUUACGCCUAUACUGGCGCACCUGCACUGGCUUCCUGUGCACUUAAGAUGUGACUUUAAGGUUUUACUACUUACGUAUAAAAUACUACACGGUCUAGCUCCAUCCUAUCUUGCCGAUUGUAUUGUACCAUAUGUCCCGGCAAGAAAUCUGCGUUCAAAGGACUCCGGCUUAUUAGUGAUUCCCAAAGCCCAAAAAAAGUCUGCGGGCUAUAGAACGUUUUCCGUUCGGGCUCCAGUACUCUGGAAUGCCCUCCGGGUAACAGUUCGAGAUGCCACCUCACUAGAAGCAUUUAAGUCUCACCUUAAAACUCAUUUGUAUACUCUAGCCUUUAAAUAGACUCCCUUUUUAGACCAGUUGAUCUGCCGUUUCUUUUCUUUUUCUUCAAGUUCCCACUCUCCCUUGUGGAGGGGGUCCGGUCCGAUCCGGUGGCCAUGUACUGCUUGCCUGUGUAUCGGCUGGGGACAUCUCUGCGCUGCUGAUCCGCCUCCGCUGUGAACAGGACUCUCGCUGCUGUGUUGGAUCCGCUUUGGACUGGACUCUCGCGACUGUGUUGGAUCCAUUGUGGAUUGAACUCUCACAGUACCAUGUUAGACCCGCUCGACAUCCAUUGCUUUCCUCCUCUCUAAGGUUCUCAUAGUCAUCAUUGUCACCGAUGUCCCACUGGGUGUGAGUUUUCCUUGCCGAGGAUGUCGUGGUGGUUUGUGCAGCCCUUUGAGACACUAGUGAUUUAGGGCUAUAUAGGUAAACAUUGAUUGAUUGAUUGAUUGAAUCUGUAUAUACUGCAAGGUCAUGAGUAGUAAUACUACUUUUUUGACAAAUGCUCAUGUUUUUACAUUGUUAUAUUUUGUUUGCAAUAAAUGCUUUUCCCUGAAAUACACAAUUA